GGCGUCGCGCGGAGGGCUCGCCUGAGGCGAUGUCCGCGUUGGAGUGGUUCGCUCAUAAGCCCCUCGGCGGUGGCAUCUUUUGGAUCCAAGAGCGUUUUUACGAGUCGGGAAACCGGGCCAACAUUUGGCUGGUGCGGGGCUCGCAGCGGGACGUGGUGAUCGACGCGGGGCUAGGGCUGCGCAGUCUGCCAGACUACCUGCGAGCCACCGGGCUGCUGGCGCCAGCGGAGGGGGCCGGGCCACGGCCGCUGUUGGCAGUCGCCACCCACGUUCACUUCGACCACUCGGGUGGGCUGCAGCACUUCGAGGAGGUGGCGGUGCACAGUGCCGAGGCGCCGGCCUUGCUGCGCGGCGACAACUACGAGGCCGUCACCUGGCUGUCGGAUCGAGAGGUGGCCCGGCCGCCGCGGCCUGGUUGGCGGGCACGGCACUUCCGCGUCCCGCCUGUCCGGCCCAGCCGUUUGCUGCAGGAGGGGGACGUGAUCAGCCUUGGAGACCGACAGCUGACUGUCAUGCACAUGCCUGGUCAUUCCAGAGGCAGUAUUUGCUUACAUGACAAAGACCGGAAGAUUUUGUUCAGUGGAGAUGUGGUGUAUGAUGGAUCCAUGAUCGACUGGCUUCCCUACAGCAGGGUAAGUGACUACGUUGCAAGCUGCCAGCGCCUCAUGGAGUUAGUGGACAGAGGUCUUGUAGAGAAGGUUCUGCCUGGGCACUUCAACAUAUUUGGGGCAGAAAGGCUGUAUUGGUUAGCUUCCAACUACAUUUCACAAGCUGGAAUUUGUCACAAGGUGUCAACUUGUGCCAUGAGAUCCAUUGCAAGCAUUGCACUUCACAUUACAAAUUCAAGAGUUUCUUCUUAGUGACUGUGCAUUUGAUGUGAUCUAUUAUUCCCUGUUGGAAAACCAAAUGGCUUGUGAAAAUGAUGAUACAAGCAAAACCAGGAUGCAUUAGUAAAAAGCUGGCAAAAUGAUACAGAUGAGCUGCAAAGAGUCUCCAUAUUUUUGCCUACUUUAUUCCUAUUUUUAUAAAAAGUUCAUAAACUAGUAGCUUUAGCCAAAGCUACAGUUUUUCUUUCUUUUUUUUUCAGGGCAUGUUUGCACAAGUUCUGUGAUUGAAGUACAUUGUUUUAUUUUUGUUAGGAUUCUGACAGGUGCAUGUAUGCCAAAGUGAGAGCGUUUGCGUUCAUGCCUGGAACCUUGUUGGUGUAGUACCAGGCUUAUAACAGUCAUUUUGCAUUUGUGCUCAGGUUUUGGCCUAACACAGGUCAUACUAAGACCCAGUGCAUGCUGGGAGCCAUGCUGUUAGGUCAAAGCAAGAGCAACACCUAUGUAGGCCUCAAUGGGCAGAAAAAGACCAGGCCAUUCUGCAGCCAUUGUCACCUGCUUCUUGGUGUCUGCUGCACCCAGCAUCACCUACUGCUUUUCUAAGGAGCUGGCAGUUUCUUCAGAAUCCACUAACAUAUGGAAAUGCUAUAGACCAGACUUCCAAGCUGGAAGGUAUAGCUAUAUCAGCUUACCCAAAAGCUUUUGAUGUGGAUCUAACAGCAGACAGACUAUUGAGGUGUUCAUGCUUCCUGAUGUGGUGCAGGGAAUGCCUGCACCCUGACAAGAGGAGCAAGAAUGAGCACUCUCACCAUCAGCUAGGGAACUGUUUUGCUUAUAGGAGUUAGGAAUUCAGAGAAUUUGUGAACUCAUGAAUUAAUGUGUUAGACUAGCCUGUAUAAAGUGGAUUGAGCCCUUGCUUGAUGUGUUUGGCUUUUUUCUGAUGAGCUCAUUAAAAAAAAAAUAUUUACAGAGUACAUUGUUCUGUAAAUUUGAGAGAACUGGACUGUGACCAGUUUAAAGGUUUUACUCAUGUUUAAGACUAUUUUAUGUGACUUGAUUGUAACCUUGUUGCUAAUGCUCUGUGGUAAGGGAAGGAUGGAGGCUUUAAUAUUACCUUGCCUUACUGUAGAUGCUGGAUUAAACAGCUGAUACACUUGUUGCCACAAAGUGAAUGUAAAACUGUUUACUGUUUGCUUGUGAAGUGUUUGGUGCAUAUGGUUGUUAUCAAGAGUGAAGUGUGUUGCAUUUGAGUCUGCUCCAAAAAAGCUGAAUACAUUGAGAAAUGCUAAAUACCAUUGUAAGUUGCUUCCAAAAAUUGAAUGUGUGAUACUUAAAA